GGGUGCUAACCUAGUAGCGUUAGCCCACUGGGAUAGUUGUGGGCAAAAUAGUUUGCAAGUUAGGAUUCAGUGAGACAGCAAUACAAUAACGUUACGCUUGUGUUAAAUCUCAUCCUUUGUAGAGUAGACACCACCGUCAACAGCCGGUUGGAGAUCGGUUUGAGGAAUCACAAUCUAGCUUCAUUGGCUAGCCAACUACCUUAGUGGAAUAAAAACCAACCUGUUGACUGUUUCCUGCUUGACAAUGCUAUUGAGUAACAAAACAUUUUCACUUGGAAACCAUAACCUGAAGUGAAUCAGUGAGUGACAGAAUGACUACUACUGAUGGUUUCCUGUCCCCUGAGUCUACUGUUACAUCCUUACUAGCUAGUUCUGGACACCUCAGGAGCACACUGCAUCCUGAAACCACACAAAACAUCUGGUAUAAAGACAAAACCUAUGAGUCUGCUUCAGAAGCUCUGGAUGCCUAUAUUGCUGACUUCCAGAGGAGCCAGUCGACUUCCGGGCAAUCUACAGGACAACUGAAGAUUCCAAAGACCCCAGUUACCUCUCAUCUACCCAAUUCUGGGUUCAGAAACAAAGAUGUACUGAAGGAAAGCCUGACUGACAGAGAGUUGAAUUUCCUCCGUUUGCCUGUUGGGGCUCGACGCCAAGGUCCAGAUCGCCUGAGCCUUAGCACAGACGACCUACUGGUGCUGCCUUGUGAUGGCUCUCUGCCGGUCACCCGCACCUCCGCUUUCCUCUCCCAGUCUGGGAUGCAGCUACCAGGGCACAGCUCCUGUUCUCUAACUCAGUUGAGGAUCCAGCCUACAACCACGGCAAGCCACAAGUCUCUUUCCAAACCCAAGCAUGGACGCAACCCUCUUAAACAAAGCUAUUGUCAUUGGUCCUUGGUCAGACCCAAGCUGAGCAGUACUACGAAUGCUGCUAAAAAGCAAUCAGGAGAAAGGUCACUCAGGGUAGAGGCAGCAAAGAGAUCUGGGAGUAUAGAAGGCCUUCUGCCAGGGAACAUGCAGCCAGGCAGUAAUCCUGUACACUUAAAUAAUAAACUAGAGGUUCCGGAAGGCACUCCUCUGGUCCACCAUUAUCCACGUUGGAUGACCAGUCAGAGGUCAGAGAUGGACUUCUCAGGAAUCACCAGCGUUCCUGAGCUUAAGUAUCCUGCGUGGCUUCAAGAGUGUGACCCUCCGGCAGAGCCCAGCAAUAGAACACAGCCCUAUCAUCCAUCUGUUCCUUCCUGGCUAGGAGAACUGGAGGAGUCAUAUCAAGAAAAAAACAAGAAGAAACAGAAAGACUUGCCUGGUCAUGAGAGCCUCAUGUUCUGCGCGGAGACAAUGCACAGAACCCAGACAACAUCCCUCUUGCAGAAUCAGGCCAAUCACUUAUCUGUGAGGGAGCUCAGGCUGCAGUUUGCUGAGCAACUAACCUUGGAAGAGGAGAAUCAGAGACAUGACAACAGCCAGCCAUUUAGAGAUGACAAGAUUGAGUCUUUGAUCCUGAGGGCAGAGAACGCUCUGAACUCCCCCUCAUUGGGGAUCAGCAACCAGUCGCAGAAGCAAAGCAGUCCAGGAGGCACAGAAGAAGUCUUGGAAGCAGAUCGUUCUUGGGAUAAUCCACCUGUUACAUUUAAAUCUCCUGUGCCAGUAGGGGUCAGUGACACUCCACAGAAGUCUGAAGAGGGCCAGGCUACCAUCAGAGAAGAGACCUUCUGCUCAAGCUCAUCCGGUUACAGCAGCAGGAAGCAUCCUGGUCCAGUGGAGGCCCUCAAACAGAUGCUUUUCAGCCUACAAGCAGUGGAGCAUAAGGUUGCCCAGGACAACCACCCUGUUGCAGAUGACGACGUGGGUGCUGAUAGACAGACCCUGCUUUUACAGGAGCACCCAGCCCUAACAGAAGAGGUUCCUAACUCAGUGGAGGAUUACGGAAUUGUACCUGGUGGCGAGUCACUACAAAGGGCACUGCAUCACCUGGGACGACUGAAAAACUUGGUAGACGACAUCAAGGAGAAGAAGGAGAAAGGACAGCAGGCAGCCAGAAACAGUCAUGUGACAUGACAGGUACACAUGUUUACCCUGGAACCCCUAGAAGUGCACUACACCUGUUUGACUGUAAUCACCUAUACAUCCUACUGUUGAAAGAAUCCUCACAAGGACAAUAACCCUGCUGUGCUGUUACCAAAUAUGAAAUGAAGCCAGUUUUCAAAAGGUCCUCAAUGCUCUGAAGAUUUACACUAUAGAAAUACAGAAACAACAGAUGUUUUGACAAUGGAAUCAACAACAUGUAAAUGUUCAGAAUUCUUUGGUAAUAAAUCCUGAAGGAAUUUUGACAUGAAGUAUAAAUAGUGCAUGGCAUUUACACUAAGCUGCUGUUAAUGAUUAUACAUCAAACAACACUUUCACAUUUAAGUCCUACCUUUGUAACAAUUAUGUGCUACAAUGUUACAUUCUGGAAAUGUUAUGUACCUGCUAAAGCAUUGCACAAAGAAUCCUGUCUUUUUGUUCAAUUGAUUCGUUUUUAGAGGCCUUUUCUGCUUUUAUUGGAUCAUUUUUUUUAAUUCAAAGCUGCCAUACAGCUCGGCUAAAACAGUAAAAUUUAUCUCCCAUUACAAGAGCAAUUCUAUUUAAUUUCAGCUACACUAAUUGAGGAUGUCUGAAUAAAGGAUGUCUGGAUUUGUGUCUGGAUAAAGUUGCACUGCUUCAAA